AUGGCAGCUAGUCCGUCUGACGGUUCAGCUAAAACCGGCGGGGCGGCUUUCCUGCGAAAGUCCACGCGUCCGGCAGGGAUACAGGACCGACCGCUGCCUCCACUCCCUCUCGAUGACGUCGCAGAAAUGCAAGAGGAAGGCCGCAGCAGCCACGGCGAGGGGAGGGGAGAAACUGGCUCCUCGUCUCCCCGAGAUCUCGCCGAGCAGGCUCCGGAGGUGCCGCCUCACCGCGUCGAACAGCCUCCAAGUCCGCCGCCCCGUCGCUUCGGAUCCGGACGGUCUCUGGGGCGACCGCCUCAGCUCUCCGGUAGAAGGGCAGAUGGAUAUGACAACCUGCCACAGAGGCAAGACCACAAACACGUGCAUAGGAAUCAGGUGUACUCGGCAGGUGCCACACACGAGUACACGCCUCUGAACCAGAACGCUCGCCGCACCCCACCCGGCCCUUUUACCCCGAGGCCAGGAGGAACAACUGAUGAGGACCCUCAGCAUUCCGGACAGAGCCAUGGAAGAAGGGCAGAUGGGAGGAACAACAACCACAGACGGGGACCCACCAGACCCGUUUGCCGCACACACGUACGAGAACGGGGACGAGUUCAGGCAGGGGCUCGGGCCGCCGCUGAGCCGCGACGUUCUCGGCGCCCCGCCUGUUCCCUCUUCCCCGAGACCAGCGAGAGGAGACGAUGGGCCAGCCGACGGUCAGGCGGACAGCGCGAACCAGCCUCCAGACCCCGAGAAGAAGGACAAACCAUCUGGGAACGACUGCGCGAUCGUUGCACAGGCCGACAAAUCGGCUUCAUCAUCGUCAUCAUCAUUACGUCUGUCAUCAUGGUAACACUGAUGGUACACGUGAUUCUGAUGCACACCGGCUCCCCAACGUCCCACCUUGACUCGCCUGUGCCCACCAAUGGAGGAACGGACACCGCUGACGCUACUGGACAUGCCUGGCAGAGCUCUGCUGAACCGAGGACUGUGACCUUGGCUGACAUCAUCAAGGUUGAUCCGGCCCGCGGGCAUGGCCCUCCUGACCCAGUCCCUGGGAAAGUGGAAACUGCUGGACCUACCCGAGCCACCAUGGCCAGGCCGCUUUCCGUGGACACUAAAGAAGUGCCUGUGGGAAGCAGCAGCGCACGGGUCAUCACCUUUGGUGACGCGUCAGGGCCUGGAAACCUGCGCGGCGCACGCGCGGUCGCAGUUUCCCCCGACAACGAGAUCUGGGUGGCUGACCAGACCAAAGCGCAUCUUCAGGUGUACAGCAUGGAAGGUGCCUUCCUGCGCCACUUUCCCCAAGCUGCACCGUACCCAGGAAAGAGGCUGUUUGACGUGUCCUUCGACAGAGAUGGACAGAUCUGGGUCCUGAUGAAUGGAUACCCUACCAGCGCUGACACGAUGGUGAAGAUCGACAGGGAGGGCGAUCUCAAAGCCAGCUUCGACCUCCCCAACGAUGUGAAACGUGGGGCACCCCGCGGUAUGGCGGUGGGCUUGCAGGUGUACGUCACCUGGUCUGAUGGCUACAGUGGCGGCGUGCAAGCCUUCCAGCCUGACGGGCAGCUCCUCUGGGGUGUCGGCCCGCAGCAGCGAAUGAAGAUGCCAACGGAGGUCGCCGUUAGCGGUGAAGGCAACAUCUACGUCUCCGACUUCCACCGUCAUUACAUCUACAUGUACACCGCAACCGGACGGUACGUGAGGAAGUUUGGAGGUCCGGGAUUGAGCGGUGGCCGCCUGAAUCAUCCCGAAGGCAUCAGUACGGACAGUUCCAGUCACGUCCUCGUGGUGGACUCAGAGAGCCAUCGUGUCGUGGUGUACUCAGGCCGGGGCGCGUAUGUCCGCGACAUCGCCAUCCCCCGCCGUGCAAAAUAUCCCCCUGCAGUGGGGGUUGCAGUCGGGCCGGGAGGACAGUUGGUUGUGAUCAACAAAAACACAAUCUUCGUGUUCCCCCGCUACUGA